AUGAAGACACUUGACUUGAGCCGCCUCCCCGCGGAGCCUACGUCCAAUGAGGACGGCGCACACAACAAAUGGGAGGAGGACAACAAGGACAGGCUGAAGGAGAUCAAGGGUGACCUUGUCGAGUCAUUAGAUGAUUGCGAGGAGGCCCGGAAGGAACAGCUGGAAAACUGGGCAAAACUACGGAUAAUUACUUGA